GCUCCGAGUGAAAAGCUUCAGCUUUAUUUCCUAGAAACGAACAAGCGCACGAAAAUUAUGAACUCCAAAACUACAUUGACCGUGGUCAUUUUCUGCCUGGCCGUUGUAGCACUAUCUGAAGGGAUGUCUUUGAAAAGCAUUGGACUGGAGCUCCGUUGUCAGUGCAUUCAAAAAGAAUCCAGGUUCAUCCAUCCCAGGCAGAUCCAGAAUGUAGAGCUGUUCCCCAGUGGACCGCACUGCAAGGAUGCUGAAGUCAUUGCCACUCUGAAAUCCGGUGAUCAGAUUUGCUUGGAACCAACUGCCCACUGGGUCAAGAUAGUUAUAAAGAAAAUAUUGGAAAGCUCCCAGGCCUGAAAUCCUGCAAUGGAAAUUUAGAGGAACAAACCUGAAGAGAAACUGAAGUGAACCUCGGGGUUGAUCUUUUGAACCACUUGUUUAUUUAUUAGUGUGUGUAUUUAUUUGCCAAUUUAGUUAACAGAACAUAUUUAAUAUGUUAUUUGAUUGAACAGUUGUCAUCCGACGUAUAGGGUAUGGAAAGAUUGUAUCAGAACCUUAAAGGAAUGGAUUAAUCUACAAAGUCUGUUUGCUUAGUAUAGUGUUUUUCAUGUGUUUGUUAAAUUGGGCUGAAAAGCAUAAGCUGGUCUUGCAGCAUUACUAAGUGAGUUUUACAUUUUUUUUUAUAAAAAAUCGAAAACGUGAGCACGAUAUGUAAAUUGUACCUUUAAAAAAAAAAAAAGAAAAGAGCACCCAACUGGUCAAGACAAUGUGAUAUAGUGUUAUUUAAUUGUUUACAAUUGUUUACAAUUGUUUAAUAUGUUGCAUUCAUUGUACGAAUGCACGUGUAUGGCAAACUGUCAUAUUUCUUUUGUAUGUCAAACUUGAUUAUUUUGUAAACUAUACAUUUCAUGUAUUAGUUCACUGAAUUUAAUAUGUAUAUUUUUUAAUCUAGUUGUAAUGUUCAAUCUGUUAAAUGUGUUGUUUGUGUUGCCAGUACGAAUGUGUUUAGUUUUGUCCAUGUUUUUUUUUUUUAAUUUAUUAAUUUUUUUACUGUGAGUGAAACCUAGUUUUAAACAUACUGUGUCUCCAUGUUUUUUAGUGUCUCAAUAACAAUUGUUAAAAAUAAAAACUAAUAUUUGAAUAA